UUGGCUUGGUCAAAACAUUCGAGUGAGUUAGUGUCCACACAUGGAUAUUCACAGAAUCAAAUCCUUGUUUGGAAAUAUCCUUCCUUGACGCAGGUGGCAAAAUUAACUGGACAUUCGUAUAGAGUCCUGUAUCUUGCACUGUCUCCGGACGGCGAGGCGAUAGUCACCGGCGCUGGCGACGAAACACUGCGCUUUUGGAACGUUUUCUCCAAAACGCCAUCACAUAGAGAGAACAAAAGUGUACUAAAUCUAUACACGGCUCUGAGAUAG